AUGGACUCACCAACUAGAAGCGUAUCGCCCCGCCCCAAGAACAAGAAUGAGAAGAACGAGGAUAAGGAUGAUAGUGAAGAGGAUGACAUUCACCAGCAGCUCAGCCGACUUCUCAGAAGAGAGGGGGCGAUUUUUGCGAGACCUUCCAUGUUGGCGCUACCUCGCAGACCUCGACCUACGCCUUCAGAUACUCGGAUAAGGAAUCCUCGAAAGGCUCCCAAAGGAAGAAUACCUCCGCCUCCUCUCCCCAUGGCCACCCGUAAUCAAAUGCAGGUGAUGCCACCUCCACCACCUCCUCCCAUUGAUCGUUCUUCUAUGCCACCGAGUGAAUGGGUCAAUCCUAACGAUCCCCCUCCUCCUCCGCCUCAAACCCAGGGGUUUCAGCCACCUCCACUGUCACCUAAGCCCCCCGUUGUCAAGCCCGCUCAGACACAUUACACCAUCUCUGAAGAUGCCAUCGGAGCUAGUAACAGAGACAAGCUUGCAGCGAUAGACAACGGGUCUAUCAUGCCAAUUGAAAUCAACUUCGAACCAUCCCAACCCCUAGCUCCCAUCAUACCAUCCUUUUACAGAACGCCUGGUGCGACUCGAGGCUACCGUAUCCCGACAUUUACUAAAGUCAACAAGGAGCAAGCAGAGGCACAAACAAAGCUUUCAGAGCCAAGUGCCAUGCCUAUCAGCGCCGCUGAGCUUCAGCAUGAAAGCGGGCCAUCAAAUGCGGGAAAGACAACCGAGGCUCAUGGACUGUCUCAGAUACAGGAGGAAGUAUCUCAUGACUUCGCCGACGUUACUGGAGAAGAUAUUUCUUCACACCAGAUUCUCGUCAAUGAAAAUACAUUGCAGGCAUUAAUACAACGUGUUCAGGAGUUGGAAGAAGAAAACACCACCCUUCGAGAAGAUGCAGAUAACGCUUCAACUGUUCCUACGGAAUUGUCUGCCAAAGUUCAAUUUUUCUAUUGCUUAGAAAGAAUCGAAAUGGAUGAUGACAGUAUCGAUGAAAGAAGUCGGACAGUCUAUCUUUCUCCUCCUGAGUGGGUAGUGUUUGGCGACGAUGUUGACCUCAGGGGUCGAUUCCCCAUCACAGACCCUGGUGACUACGCUGAAGAACAGGGUGCGUCACUGAUUGUCUACAAAUAUUACUCGGUGGACUAUCAAUACGACGCGGUAAAUGCAGCCAAGAGAGCAAAGCAGCCACUCCCUGAACCAGAGCCGGCUAGUCAGGAUGUCGUUCUGGUAACGGAAGAAAUGGUUGAGGCGGUUGAAGCUUUAUUUGAGCUCUUCCCUUCAAUGAGCGACGACUUUCCGUAUGUUUACGAGAUGGGCAGUUUGCAAGACCCUCAUCUCUGGUGGUAUCACUGCCGAACGAGCUUCAAAAUGGGAGCACUAUCAGAACGGCACGCCCAAUUGGUUCGACUACUCGUUGAAUGGAUCGAAAGUAACUAUGCACCUCUUUAUGACCAAAUAGACGACCAAUUCAAGAGGGGGAAGGUCUCGAGCGACUCCAUUGAGUUUCUAAUACGCCCUGGAGACACCCUCUUCGCAAAUAAGAAUGGCAGAUACAGUGGACGCGUUGCUACCACUCGACCGGGACCUCACAAACAGAAGAAGAAGACGGAUGAUUCAGAUAAGGACCAAGAGAAACAGGGAACAUACACAUGGAUUGUGGAAACACGUUCUUACGGGUAUGCCGGAAAGUUCUUUGCAGUUGACAAGGAGCUGUUCAUAGACUUUCCACCAAAGUAUAGAGGUGGGGAGAUCAACAUCACGGAUCUCAACGUUAUACCGUUGUCAUAUGCAAAGCCAAAGGUAAAAGAGAUAUUACGACAACGAGGCAAGAGGUUCUGGAAGUUGCGUGAGAAAACUCUCAUCUCAUAUGAAGGCAGUGAUUCUGAUAGGAUACAAGCGGGACAACGCUUUAUGGUGGACUUUGACACCUAUAAGGAGCUCCAUCCAGGAAACAGCUACAUGAGACAAGAAGGUUAUAUAUCAGGUCGAAAGCCGAACUUGCCAAAGGAUGGAAGCGAACCUGAGGAGCCAGAGAUUUAUCUGUUCCCUAAAUUGAUCCCGGGAUUUGACUUGAGGCGUAAGAAAUGGGUUGACCUUGAGGUCGAUCGAAUUCGAGACGUUAGUUGGAACAAAGAGGCUUUCAAAAGCCUGGUCGCAGACGAAGCCAUGAAGGAGCUUGUAUUAGCUCUAGUAACCAAUCAACUCGAUGCCGAGAAAAACACAGAUCUUAUCGAAAGCAAAGGUAGCGGUCUCAUCAUGCUUUUACACGGGUCUCCAGGAACAGGCAAGACAUUUACAGCUGAGUCGGUGGCCGAAAUCGCCAAGAAGCCUUUAUAUCCAGUUACGUGCGGAGAUAUUGGUACUGAACCUGCAGAUGUGGAGAAGUAUCUCGAAUCUGUGUUCCAUCUAGGCAAGGUUUGGGACUGUGUUGUGCUUCUUGAUGAAGCAGAAGUCUUUCUUGAACAGCGAACUUUGCAAGAUUUGAAGAGGAAUGCAUUGGUGUCUGUAUUUCUUCGAGCUUUGGAGUACUAUGAGGGUAUCCUCAUCUUGACGACGAAUCGCGUGGGGACGUUUGACGAGGCCUUCAAGUCACGUAUCCAGCUAGCUCUACGGUACGAGAAGUUGAAGGACUAUCAGCGUUUACAAAUCUGGAAGAACUUCCUAGCGAGGCUAAAGAGUCUAGGUGAGGAGGAAAGUAUCGACUUCGAUGAUAUUGAGUUGCAUCUAGAAGAGCUGGCGAACAAGUAUCCUAUGAAUGGACGACAAAUUCGUAAUUCGAUCACGACAGGACGACAGUUGGCCAAGUAUAAGAAAAAGAAGAUGACGUUUUCGCAUUUGAAGAGGGCGAUUGAUGUUGCGGAUAAGUUUGAUAGGUAUUUGGCUGAUGUUCAGGAGGGUGAUAUGGAGGAGUUUAGUGGAAGGGAGGAGAGUGGGCGAUAUACACCGGAGUAUCUUGCGAGGGCUGAUCAAAUACGAUGA